CACUUAGCUAUCUUUUGAUUCGAAUUAUCUAUUUAAAUGUCAAAUUCGCCUCCACCACCGAUAUUUGAUGAUAUAACUUCGACAAUUGGUAACACACCAAUAGUUCGAAUAAACUCAAUAUCAAUAUUAGCUCCUUCGUUUGAAUUAUCAAACAUUGAAUUAUUGGCUAAAUUAGAAUAUUUAAACCCAUUAUCUGGAAGUAUUAAAGAUAGAGUUGCUAAAAGGAUAUUAGAAGAUGUCGAAAAGGAAAAUAAAGUUAAAGCUGGUACAACUUUAUUAAUACCUACGAGCGGAAAUUUGGGUGUUAGUAUUGCAAUGUUAGCUCAUAAAAAGGGUUACAAAACGAUAGUUCUUGUACCAGAACGUACAACAAUAGAUCGAAUUCAUGUUUUAAAAGCAUUGGGUACCGAAAUUAUAAGAACACAAAGUGAAGUUCAUCAUGAUGCUCCCGAAAGUAAUUUUAGUUUAGCUAAAAAAUUAUCAGGUGAAAUUACAAAUUCAAUUGUAGUUGACGAGUUAAAUAGUCAAAGUAAUUUUAAUGUACAUUUUGAAGAAACUGCCGAAGAAAUUUAUACUCAAGUUGAAGGAAAAUUAGAUGUGCUUGUAGUUGGUGUGGAAUCAGGAGCUACUAUUACUGGGCUUGCGAAGAAUCUUAAAUCUCGCAUAUCUGGAUUGAAGGUAAUUGCCGUCGAGCCUCAACAUUCAAGAAUACAAGAUAAUAUACCUAUUAAUCCAUCAUCAAUAAAGGAACGGAAGGUUGAAGAUAUUGGAAACGAUUUUACGCCACCUCUGCUGGAUAAAUCUUUGAUUGACCAUUGGAUUAAAGUUAAUGAUCAAGAAUCUUUUUCCAUGUCAAGAAAAUUAAUUAAAAAUGGAUUAUUAGCAGGACCUUCUUCUGGAACUGUUGUGAGUGCUGCUUUAUCAUAUGUAAAACAUCGAUCUACGGUACACGAGGAUUCGACGCGGAUUCUUUGCGUAUUGAAUGAUACUGCGCGAAAUUAUGGUACUACUUUAUUAUCCGAUGAAUGGCUUUUAGAAAAUGAUUUGAUGGACGGUGAGAUGGUUAGGAAACUCAAGUAUCAAAAAAUCGAAAAAUAUAGAGCUGCAAGUGUAGAAGAUUUACAACUUCCAGCUGCAGUGACAAUUUCACCAAAUGCAACAAUAUCACAGGCAAUUGAAUUAAUGUUAGAUAGAGAAUAUUCACAAUUACCGGUGAUUGAUUCUCAUAAAAAAUUAAUUGGCUAUGUUUCCUUAACAUCAUUACAAAGUCAUUUGGAAGUAGGAGGAGCAACAUUAAAAGAACCAAUAUCUAAAUGGAUGUUUUCAUUCGGUGGAAAUAAAAGUGGUAAUUCUAAAAGAAAACGUUAUCAGUUAAUUACACCCGAUACUCCUUUAUCCGAAUUAGCUAAAUUUUUUGAAAAACAUAGUUUUGCUGUUGUGACUGAUUCUGAAAGAAAAUGGUGUUUAGGUGUUGCUACAAAAUAUGACUUAAUUAACUUCUUAAAUCAUAGAAAUUCUAGUGCUUUCUCUUAAUUGUCGUAUCAUAUCCAAAGAUAUUUUUAAAAUAAAUACAUUUUUAUGUUAGUAACGUGACCGAUUUUUUAUUGGUCGAUAAAAAUGAUCGUAAAAAUUUAUUUACGUACCUAAUUUGAAAUUUACAGUUCUGUGAAUCUUAGUAUGCUUUCACGACUUGUACGA